AUGGCCUCAAAGUGGACACCAAUACAGGAUAAAGACAAAUACGGCAUCGUUGUGUCAAACCUAAGGCAAGAUGUAAUGCUUCCGCAUAGACUUCAUCUGUCGAUCGGCGACGCGGUUCGUGUCAUAGAAGAACUCAAUCAAUGGUAUUAUGGGUAUUGUCUUAAUAACCGGAACCGUUUGGGAAUAUUUCCCAAGUCUUACAUCUAUCACAAGGACGCCGUUAUCGACAAAACCGGUGCUCACGAAGUGGUCAUUCCUCGGGAACAGCUUAUAAUACAGGAGAUAACAUCAGUAAUUAGGGAAUGGGGUGUCAUUUGGAAGAAACUAUAUAUCACAUCAAACCCAGAUUUGAAGACAAUUCGUGAAAUGAUGUAUGAGUUGAUCACAUGGAGGAAACAGAUAAUGUCGGGAACACUGCCCGCGGACGAGAUGAAGGAAUUGAAGCAAAAAGUGACCGCAAAGAUAGAUCAGGGAAAUGCCAUUUUAGGCCUGGAUUUAGUGGUUCGCGACGACUCCGGAAAUAUUCUCAACCCCGAGAUAACCAGUACUAUAGACAUCUAUAGGGCUCACGAGGCGGCCACCGAUCGCAUCAAACAAUUGGCGUUAAAUAUUGAAUAUAAGAACAAGAGGUCGUCGACUCGUUAUAAUCACAAUCUUUACGUUACGGUUAAGAACUUUGUCUGUCGUAUCGGCGAAGACGCGGAUCUUCUCAUGACUUUAUAUGACGGCAAAGAAUGCGCUUUUAUUAGCGAAAACUAUUUGGUUAAAUGGGGUAAAGAGGGACUCAUGCGAGACUUGGAUCAACUCAACAAUCUUCGAGUAGUGUUUGCGGAUCUUGGAAGCAAAGACUUGGUCCGAGAAAAGGUUUAUUUGGUUUGUCAGACAAUACGAAUCGGAGGAAUGGAAUUGAAAGAGGAGACGAGAAAUGUGAGGAAAAGCCAUCACCAGAAUGUGAAGAGAUCUUCGGACGGCUUGAGACGUCCCUUUGGUGUGGCAGUGAUGGACAUAACGGACUUCUUUAACGGCAAGAUUGAAACCGAUGAAGAGAAACAACAUUUCAUACCAUUCGCACAGUGCGGGGAAAGGGAUUCAUUGGAUUCAGUGAUUCGCAAAAUCAUAUCUGCGCGAGAGAUCAGCCAAAAGGAGUGCAAAGGUCAGGGACUGUUUGUAUCCAUCAAAAUACUUCACGGCGACCAGAAGCAGAUCCGUGAAGAAUACGCACAUUUGGUCUCUCCGUUCACAUCAGUGGCGCGUAAAAUGGGCUUUCCGGAAGUCAUACUUCCCGGAGAUAUUAGAAACGAUUUAUAUCUGACACUAGUUUGCGGUGAAUUCAGUAAAGGGAGCAAAAAGUCUGAACGUAAUGUUGAAGUGACUGUCAAAGUAUGCAAUGAAAAGUCACAUACACUGCAGAAUUGUUUGAGUUUUGGCGCCGGGUCUGAACCGAUGAGUGAAUAUAGGAGUGUUGUCUACUAUCACGAAGAAAGACCCAAAUGGAUGGAAACUCUUAAGAUAUCGAUUCCCAUUGAAGAGUUCUAUGGCGGACACUUGAAGUUCACAUUUAGACACCGAUCCUCUAAUGAUAAUAAGGAUAAGUCAGAGAAACCGUUUGCCAUGUCUUUCAUUCGGCUUAUGAAUGAAAACGGGACGACAUUGUCUGACCAGAAUCACGAUCUCUUGGUGUACAAAGUAGACCAUAAACGCUAUGAUGAGACAGAAGUGGCGUAUUUUAAGCUCCCGUCCACUCGUGAGGAGUUGGAACAGAGAGUCAAUGAUUCCAAUUAUAACAUCAAUCAAAUUGGUGUCAAACAGUUGGCGAAUAUGUUUCAGACAAAUGGCAUCCAAAUCAGUCCUAAAGACUCGUUCACUGUAUCGACAGUCGUUUGUUCGACAAAAUUGACACAAAAUAUCGAUUUAUUGGGUCUUUUGAAAUGGAAGUUAAAUCCGGAACAUCUUAAGCAAAAUCUAUUGGCACUCAUGAAAGUGGACGGCGAAGAGGUGGUUAAGUUUCUUCAGGACACACUCGACGCUCUCUUUGACAUUCUCAUGCAAAACACCGAUUCAGACAUUUAUGAUAAUCUAGUAUUCGAAGCCUUAAUCUUCAUCAUUGGUCUCAUAUCUGACCGAAAGUAUCAACACUUCCGACCUGUUCUUGACGUAUAUAUUGAGCAGAACUUUAGCGCAACGCUUGUCUACAAUAAACUGAUUGUUGUCCUCAAGAGUUAUAUUGAAAACUUAAACUCAAAGCCCGAAAGUCAAGAGGUUUUGCUGAGAGCCAUGAAAUCAUUGGAAUAUAUCUUCAAAUUCAUUGUGAGAUCACGAGUUCUUUUUGCUGCACUCAAUGGUGGUAAAGGAAAGGGUCAGUUCGAAGAAUCACUCAAAGAACUGUUGCAAUCGAUCACAUCCAUGAUGUUGUCCACAUCGGAGAAGACCCUCUUAGUCCAGGGCGCGUGCCUUAAGUACUUCCCGUUCGCAUUGACAGACAUUCUCUGUGUAUUCAAUGAGAAAGAGUUGUGUUAUAUCCUAACGGAUCUGAUAAAUCACGUUCCGGUGGACAGACUCACGAAACAGAAGAUGAUGUGCGUUAACGACAUAAUCCAAUGCGAACUAUUCAUCAAAUACCACGAAUGCCGCUCAAUACUUCUUCCGGUUAUCAACGAUCACUUGAGAGUACUUCUCGAGAGGAAAGAGGAGUUCGAGCUCUGCAUUCGGAUACUGAGCGAUAUGCUGGUCGUGCUGUCCAACGGGCGAGACAUCGGACCCACAAAGAACGACAUCUCUGACAUAAUGCUAUCGGUUUUGCGUACAGUUAUCCAGUCAUUCAUAGACACUGAUCGCGACAAUCCAUUGAUUGGCAACUUAGUAGCCAUUCUGAUCGGAAUCCUACGACAAAUGACUCCUUUUCAUUACAACCAAUACAUCCAACAUUUUCCCACACGAACUGAUUUACUCGACUUUCUUAUGGAAAUUCUGACCGUUUUUAGAGAUUUGGUUAAAAUUGUAUUUCCCAGGGAUUGGAAUGAAAUGAUUUUAUUGCAAAACAGUGUCCUACUGAACGCAUUACGACAUUUGGCUCAUUGUAUUCGUGACCAUUUCCUACACCCAUUUGAGGUGCAAUUGUGGAACAACUUCUUUCACUGUUCCAUAGCCUUCUUGACUCAAGAGUUCCUACAAUUGGAGAACUUCUCGCAAAACAAACGCAACAAAAUGGUCGCGCGUUAUAAAGACAUGCGAAGAGAAAUGGCGUUUGAGAUCAGGUCGAUGUGGUUUAAUUUGGGUCAAUACAAGAUCCAAUUCGUGCCAUCAAUGGUCGGCCCCUUCCUGGAGAUGACUCUAAUCCCGGAGAUAGAGCUGAGGAAAGCGACGAUUCCUAUCUUCUUCGAUAUGAUGCAAUGCGAGUUCUAUUCGCCCAAAUCCGGUGCCUAUACUCUACACGUGUCCUCAUAUCACAACUCCGACAGUCCGUCCCAUCAGCGCAACACUGAAUGCAAAGCCAACUUCAAGAGCUUUGAGAACGAAAUGAUCACUCAAUUGGACGCUUUGAUUGAAGGCGGCAGAGGAGAUGAGCAGUUCAAAGACCUGUUCCUCGAGAUCGUGGGCACCAAUUGUGAACAUCACUCAGCGAUGAGAGAAAGCGGACUAUUCUUCGUGCGAACUGUCGUCCGAUUAAUGAGACGUCUAUUGGAGUAUCGAUUGGUUGUGAACGAAGAGAACAAAGAGAGUCUAAUGAGUUGUACCGUAAAUCUGCUCGAGUUUUACAAUGAGAUCGAACGCAAAGAGAUGUACAUUAGAUAUCUGUACAAACUCUGUGAUCUGCACCUGGAGUGCGAUAACUACAUCGAAGCCGCCUAUACUCUGGCACUUCACGCAAAACUCCUGAAAUGGACGGACGAGCCAUUGCCGCAAUUGUUGAGAAAUGAAAAAUAUCCCGAAUGUGAGACUCAUAGGGAACUGAAAGAGUUGUUGUACAACGAGAUCAUCGAUUACUUCGAUAAGGGAAAGCUAUGGGAGACUGGGAUCAGCUAUUGCAAGGAAAUCAUAUUCCAAUACGAGUCCGAGAUCUUUGAUUACAUGCAUUUGAGUUCACUAUUGCAACGAAUGGCUGUCUUCUACGACAAUAUCAUGAAACAAGCGCGACCUGAGCCCGAGUACUUCCGAGUGGCAUAUUAUGGCCGCGGAUUCCCCGCAUUCCUCCAGAACAAGACGUUCGUCUAUCGCGGCAAAGAAUACGAGAGAUUGAGUGAGUUUAGUGGACGCCUAUUGAAUCAGUUCCCAAACGCGCAACUCAUGAACAAAUUGGAUCCGCCGGGCGAUGACAUCACAGACUCGAACACUCAGUAUUUGCAGAUCAAUAAAGUGGACCCAAUUAUGCAGGAAAGGGACAAAUUUCGCGGCAAAUCAGUUCACGAACAGAUCGUUCGCUAUUAUCGCGUAAAUGAAGUCCAAAAAUUUACUUAUUCUCGACCUCUUCGUAAGGGAGAGAGGAAUUCGGACAAUGAGUUCGCAGACAUGUGGAUAGAGAGGACAACUUUGUUGACAUCGUAUGCAUUACCGGGUAUUUUGCGCCGAUUUCCCGUCACUCAGACCAAUACGUUUGAAUUGAAUCCGUUGGAGAACGCCAUCGAAACCAUGGAAAACAGCAAUAAGAAGGUUAAGAAUCUGAUUAUUCAAUAUCGCUCUGAUUCUGCGCUACCCAUCAAUCCCUUGAGUCUGGCCCUCAACGGUAUAGUCGACGCCGCCGUUAUGGGAGGGAUAGUUAACUACGAAAAGGCGUUUUUCAAUGACGACUAUUUAGCGAAACACCCGUUCCGUAAGGAUCAGGACGGCAUCACUCGACUUAAAAACUUGAUUGCAUUGCAAAUACCGCUUCUGGAGGUUGGAAUAGGUCUCCACAAACAGCGAGCGCCUCCCAGUCUGAUACCAUUUCACGAGCACAUGGAGGAGGCGUUCGCCAAACUUAAGAACAAUGUCGAGGAAAGGUAUGGCAAACGAUCACUUCCUGAAGACUUAGUCGAAAGAUUUAAUGUGAAGAUAAGACGCGGAAUAAGUGAUAAAAACAGACAAAACCCGAACUCUCACUCAUCUGCGCCCACAAAAGUAUUUGAUAGGAAUUCUUCCGGAAGUCUUUCCAACGAUUCUAUGUCCUUAAGUCCAUCGAAGAGCGGCCGUUCGAUCUCUGUUUGGGUUAAACCGAAUUCCAUGAACAACAACAGUGUGUCCACGACUAACCUCUUCAGCUCCAGUACUCUCUCCAAACUGAAGAAGCAAUCGUCCAAAGAUGGGGUGCAUAUGAGGCGCUCCAACAAUGAGAACAGCUCUCAGGCCACUCAGUGGUACGCACCCGACCUCUUCAACAAAGGGGACACAAACCAAACGUCACAACCGGUUAUUGAAUUGUCGGAACCCUUAUCAUCGCACAGACCGUUGCGCUCGGAAUAUGACCGAAGACUGAGUCGACCAGACAGUGGACAAUACAGAACACACAGCACUCACUCUCCCACUCGUAGCCUAAGCCACGGCGCCUCCUCUACCAGUCUCUCCAUAUCUCCGCAUUCAAACUCAUACACCGAAACCAUUGACGACAAACCGCCUCCGCUUCCCUUAAAGCAGUCGUUUGCCGAUUACACAAAUCUGUCAGAAAACGGAACUAAUGGUAACGAUUUGACACUUGUUUCGACCAAAAGAAAUUCCGGGAGUAUGAGCUCCACUCCCAUGUUCAAGCAUAAACCGCCGCCCCCACUCCCCGACAACUCCAGUUCUCCACUCUCACCACCAGAGCUUCCAAAGAAACCCCAACGACCCGCACCAUCUCCAGUGCCAUCCAAUCAAAGCGACCAAAUCAUCGAUAAUUAACUAAAGAGUAUUUAAGAAAUUUAUUUUUCAAACUAUACGAUCACUUGAAGUGAGUUUUGAAUUUGAAUUUAU